CCUUUCAAGAUGAACACCUUAUGUAGAAUACGUCCUGAUAUCACGAGGAGAUAAAUUCGAUCUAGUCUAACCGUCUCCAAUAAUUUCAAUCGACGAAAUUGUUUUUUUUCUUUUCACAAAACACAUUCAAAAAUUCUUCGAUAUCAUAUCCGUUAGCUCCGUCAUCGUUGGGCAAAACACGCACCGUGGUCACCGUGAUCUAUCAACCGCUCGCACCAUAAACUGCACGCUCUACAACGGUGUAGAUUUGCCGAACGCAGUAUAUUAUUCACACUCCUAAUUAGAGAUCGCUGCCCUUUGAUGACAUUUGACUUGACAACAUAAAAAAUAAUUAACCUUAAAAAUUUGUAAACUGGAAAAACAUAACCUUCAUUCAAAAACAUAAAAAAUUAAGAAUGUUCACGACUAAAAUAUUUAUAAAAAAAAACAAAAUCGGUAAUUUUUUGAAGAAUGUUAGGGAACAUUAUAUACGAGAUGAUAUAUCGUGUGGAUUUCCUGAAUGUGAAAAUUGCCUUCCAGUGCCUACUAAUCUUAGUACAUCCCACAUGAAUGAUUGUAAACUGAUCGAUGGAAACCAUUAUUUGAUAUUAGAUACAAAUGUUAUAUUGAACCAGAUGGACGUAAUUGAAGAAACAGUCUUUGGUAAUGUAAUUAUCUUACAUACUGUAUUAAAUGAAGUUAAGCACAGAAGUUUGCCAAUUUUCAAGAGAUUGGUGAAUAUUAUUGAGAAUCCUAGUAGACACUUUUAUGUAUUUACAAAUGACCAUCAUAAAGAUACAUAUCUUAUUCAAAAAGAAAAUGAGUUAGUAAAUGAUUAUAAUGAUAGGAGUAUCAGAAAAUCAUGUUCUUGGUAUCAAACACAUUUACCUUUCAAGAAAUUUGUUUUCUUGACUGAAGAUGCUGGAAAUAAAAGAAUAGCCCUAGAAGAGGAUAUAACCUCAUUGUCAGUGAAAGAUUAUGUACAAAAUCUCAAAGAUCAUCAUUUGCUCGAAGAUAAAUUGGCCAAAACUUUCAUCAAUUAUGCUGCAGGGAAAGAUAUAUAUCCCCCUCAUAUGGCAGUCACAGAGCUUCUUGGAAAGAUUAAGACUGGAAAACUCUAUCAAGGAACUUUCAGAGCAUCUAGAGAAAAUUACCUUGAAGGAUAUGUAACUGUUGAUGGUUUAAAUGAUCCUGUAAUUGUACAAGGGAGAGAAGGAUUAAACAGAGCCGUGGAUGGUGAUAUUGUAGCAGUAGAAUUGUUCAAAGAAGAAGACUGGACCUCCCCUACUGAGUUAGUUAUAGAAGAUGAAGGACAAGUUGAAGAAAUCAUUGACGAUCUAGUUGAAAAAGAAAAAGAGAUAAAGAUGGCUCAGAAAAAUAAAGAUGAGAUAAAGCCUACUGGUAAAGUAGUUGGUGUAAUCAGAAGAAAGUGGCGACAGUAUUGUGGCAUUUUGGAAGGUGGAGUGGAAAGUGUCUAUCAAUUAUUUGUUCCAUCCAAUAGAAGCAUACCUAAAAUAAGAAUAGAAACAAGGCAAGCAGAAUUUUUGAAAACACAAAAAUUAAUAGUCACAAUAGAUUCUUGGCCACAAUCUUCUAGAUAUCCACAUGGUCAUUUUGUUCGAUCUCUUGGAAAAAUUGGAGAUCAAGACACAGAAAAUGAAGUUGUUCUGCUGGAACAUGAUGUUCCUCAUAGUCAAUUUUCGGAAGAAGUAUUGAAUUGCUUACCUAAGCUCCCUUGGAUUAUUACAGAUGAGGAUGUGAAGAAAAGGGUGGAUCUUAGAGAUGUAAUUAUAUGUUCUGUUGAUCCACCAGGUUGUACAGAUAUUGAUGAUGCACUUCACUGUAGAGAGAUUGGUGAUGGGAAAUUGGAAGUUGGUGUUCAUAUUGCUGAUGUUUCUCAUUUUAUUAGACCUGGAACUGCAAUUGACUUGGAAGCAGCUUCGAGAGCUACCACUGUUUAUUUAGUUAAUAAAAGAAUUGACAUGGUCCCAGAACUUCUCAGCUCAAAUUUGUGUUCUUUAAGAGGUGGGGAAGAAAGAUUUGCCUUUUCUUGCAUCUGGGAAAUGGAUCAAAAUGCAAAUAUUUUAAAUACAAGAUUUCACAAAAGCAUAAUCCAAUCAAAACGCGCUAUGACUUAUGAAGAAGCUCAAGUAAUGAUUGAUGAUAAAUCUAAAAAUGACGCACUGGCCAAUGGUCUAAGAGGAUUGAACAGACUAGCUAAAAUUUUAAAAUCAAGGCGAUUAGAGAAAGGUGCCUUAGUUUUGGCAUCACCUGAAGUGAAAAUUCUUAUGGAUUCUGAGACCAUGGAGCCUCUGGAUGUUGAGGUUAAAAAACUAUUUGAAACUAAUUCUAUGGUAGAGGAAUUCAUGUUGUUGGCUAAUAUAAGUGUAGCUGAGAAAAUUUUGACAGACUUCCCAGAUUGUGCUAUGUUGAGAAGGCAUCCAACCCCACCAAGUACAAAUUUCGAUCCUUUAGUAAAGGCGGGCAAACACCUUGGGUUUGACAUCCAAAUUGAUACCGGAAAGCACCUUGCUGAAUCACUGAAUAAUGCUGUGAGUAGUACAAAUCCAUAUUUAAACACAAUGUUAAGGAUUCUAGCUACUCGAUGUAUGCUUCAAGCAGUGUAUUUCCCAAGCGGUACACUUCAGAAGGAAGAGUUUUAUCAUUAUGGAUUAGCAGUUCCACUUUAUACACAUUUUACUUCUCCAAUUAGGAGGUAUGCUGAUAUUAUUGUGCACAGAUUGCUAGCAGUGUCUUGUGCUGCAGACUCUACAUAUCCAGAUUUAUUAGACAAGCAGAAGAGCAGUCAGUUAUGCCAAAAUUUGAAUUAUAGAAAUAGGAUGGCACAAUAUGCUGGUAGAGCUUCUGUAGCUUUUAAUACCCAUCUGUUUUUCAAAGGAAAAAUUCAAGAUGAUGAAGGUUAUGUUUUAUUUGUGAGGAAAAACGCUCUUCAAAUUCUUCUUCCGAAAUAUGGGCUUGAAUGUCCUUUAUAUUUGUCGACAAAAGAUGGAAAAUCUGUAUUUACCUAUGAUGAAGAUGAGCAAACUCAAAGUGCAGGAGAUGUUGUGUUUCAUGCAUUUGAUCCAGUUAUAGUAAGGGUUUGUUUGGAUUCAAAAAAUAUACAACAUGAGAAGUUUGUACUUCAAUUAGUCAAACCUUACAUAGAAGAAUUCAGUGUUAAACCUCUGAAAGAAAUUAAUGAUUUGAAUACAGAAACUGAAAGCAGUCAAGGGGAGAAGAGGAGUGUAGAGAAUGAGGGCAAGAGCAGAAAAAAACAGAAAAAGAAAAACAAAUGAUUUUGUUAAUUCAUGUAAUAAAAUAUUUUUUCAAUUUUUCUUGAACAUUAAAAAGUUUUCUCUCUUU